GCAGGAGGAGGUGCUGCGGUUUAAAAACAGACCUGAGUUUGAAGGACGCGGUGGCGCCGUGAGUCCAGAGCGGAAUUUACAGAGUGAUAACUGCAGUCGGAAUAGUGUGCUAAUGAGCUGAACACAUUGAGGUACAGACAGUGGACAGACAGACACUGGAGGACAGAGACAUGGCCGGGUUUCUGGAUAGCUUCCGCUGGCCGGAGUGUGAGUGCAUCGACUGGGGAGAGAAGAGGAACACUGUGGCCUCCAUCGUGGCUGGUUUUCUGUUUUUUACAGGAUGGUGGGUUAUAAUCGAUGCCGCUGUGCACUACCCAAAACCCGAGGAUCUAAAUCACGCUUUUCACACCUGUGGGGUUUUCUCUACAUUGGCUUUUUUCAUGAUUAAUGCUGUGUCAAACGCUCAUAUCCGUGGGGACGCGUAUGAAGAGGGCUGCUUCGGACACAUAGGUGCUCGUGUUUGGCUCUUUAUCGGCUUCCUGAUCAUGUUCGUCUCUCUCAUCGCCUCAGUCUGGAUCUUGUUCGGAGCUUAUGUUGCACCAGGACUUCCUGUGUAUCCUGGACUGUGUGUCUUCUUCCAGAACUUGUUAAUAUUUUUCAGCUCUCUGAUCUACAAGUUUGGACGAACUGAAGAAUUAUGGGGCUAAUUUGUGCCACAUCAUCCAGCUAACCCUGAACUCUGUUUGCACCCUCAGUCCUCAUAUUGACUUCAGGUAUAUUUCAGCAAAAUUUAGGCUGCAGAUUUACUACUGAUUUAGUGUAGUGUUCAGUGUAGAGUAUACUCCAUCCUACACAGACACAUAACACAUCACCUCAGGUCUGCCUGUCCUGCUGUAACUCCUGUACCUUAUGGCUCUCUGCAGUCCUUUACAUCAGUUUAUAUAUCUGUAGCUUAUGAAAUGACAAGCUUUUUUUCAUAAUAAUUAUUUUUAAUAGAUUUUGUUUAACCUCCACUGAAAUUCCAGUCUAUAUUUUAAGAUGUAAUUACCCUGAAACCAGCUUAUAUUUAAUUAGCUCAGAGCACUCUGUAAAUGUAUUGCACAGUUGCUCUAACCAAAUCUUGAAACUAGAAACUUGAUCAUUCAAGUGGUCUGGUCUUUAUUUUGUAUUAUUUUAUAUGGCUUUUCAAAUUAGCUUUUAACUUUUAACUCGUAGACACUGAUGCCAGGCAUGUCCGGCAAAAUAUUCUAUCUUGGUACUUGGAAAUAUCUUGAAUAUGGACAGAUUUAUCUAAUGCUUAUUAUUGUAUUGUUUAUUUUUGUAUAACCAGAUGGGCAAUAGUUCCAGCAUUAAUUUGAACCAUUUGCUUUCAUUAAUAUUCUCAUUCCCACAUGUUGUUUCUAUAGUAACUUGUACAGUGGACAUAAUAUAAACCUAAUAAUAAACAGUCUGAAUGGGCAUGCUUUGUAAAAUUUACCAGGAAAGUCUUCAUGAGAGAGGGAGGGAGGGAGAUAGUGAGGG